UAGUACUGGACUGCUGGACUGCGCGGAUGAGAGACAGAGAACGCUCCCUAAACGGCUUUGUCUUUGCUAAGUGGCUAGCGCAGUUGCACAGGACUUGAUAUACCGCAGACAUCCGCCCGUUUGUACGUCUCUGGAGAAGAGAAGGAAAGGCACUGGACUGGACUGGACUGCACUGGACUGGACUGGAGCAUCACUUCACUUCACGACACGACACCGCAACGCAUCGCAUCGCAUCGCAUCGCACGGCAAAGCCAUUCAGCAUUCAGCACUCAGCAUCAGCAUCAGCAUCAGCAUCAGCAUCAGCAUCUAGCACUGCCGCACAGUACGAUACAGCUGAUUAAGACAUUCUUACGAGGACGACAACGGCAUUUCAGAGGCAGCACUCGAUAGAUCAAGUUGUCAAGUUGUCAAUCAUACAAUUGAAGGGACGUCUUAUCUGCACGGAUACAGGGAAAGACAAUUGAGGAUACUCGAGACUCGAGACUCGGGACUCGGCGUCACUUUAGGAAUUCCAAGGUCCCAACUCCCAAGUCAAAACCCACUCGAACCAUUAUCAGAGUCCCGUGAUCGCCCAAGAUCAUCGGCCGACAAUUGUCCGGACUUCCGCCGAUUUCCAAUUCACUUCUUCCCAGACGAGCAAGCUCUCCCCACCACACUAUCUUCACUCAAGCAUUCCUAAAUCGACAUCUGGGAAUAGCUUCAUUCUGUCUCCGAAUUGUUUAUUUUGAGCAACAAGCGACGAGGAUCAAUCGCGAAACGUUUCAGCUUCACGAUCUUCCACCCCCCAAACAGUACUAAACGGUACUCAGUGACCUGCCACUCAAGCUUCUUCUAACUACCAAGGCCGCGUAGAGCUGCUGGAUCUGCACGAGACGUCUAAAGAUAGACUCCGAGUUCGACCAAGCAAUAAAAGCAGGCAACUCUAGUUCCGAGGCAUGUGCUGAAGUAUAAGGACACCAUUCCUUGAGCUCAACACACCAAGCUACUAGCACAUCGAGACUCAAUUGAGCGGCACAGACAUCUACAGACAAGAUGGAUACAUAUUACGGCCACGUACGGUCCCCUGCGGAUGCGAUCAAGCUAUUCGAAGCCUGCCGAUUAGGUUUAUUACCUCGGGUUCAGAGAAGGUUAUCGGAGAAGGAGAGACAGUCUAUAAAGUCCGGGUCUGUCUUCGUGUGGGAUGAGAGGGAAGCAGGCAUGAGAAGAUGGACGGAUGGAAAGUCAUGGAGUGCGAGCAGGGUUUCUGGCAGCUUUUUGACAUACAGAGAGAUGGAGGGCAAGAGGGGAGGAGGUCAAUUCGUUCCACCACCAGUGCGACGAUCAAAUGGAAAGACUCCAGACAGUGGAAGAGGAAGUGACGAGGAUCUUGACAUGGAUGGCGAGGGACCAGAUGGAUACAGAUACAAGCCAGACGGUCUGAUGAAGCAGUCGUUCAGCAUUACCACAUCCACUGGUCAACAUCUACAUCUGAUCAGCUACUACUCUCGCCCACACCCGGGUGCCCCAGAGCUCCCUAUGCCUACAACAGAUCCACAACUUCGACACAUUGUCCCAGUCAAAGGAAUGUACCCCGAGUCAACAGUACACGAGGCACAAGGACCAGCAGUCACAAGAGCACCAAUGCAGCACAGCCCGUAUAUGCCACAUCAGCCAAUGCACUCACCACAUCGAGGCCACCCUCCUCCACCAUAUGGAUACCAACCAGGCUACUCGUGGCCGCCUUCGCCUGCUGCUACUCCACCUUACCCGCAUUACCCUGGCCCAAUGUACUCUCCUCUUCCACCACCUCCUGGCUCGGCUCAUACCUCACCAUACCAACAUCACAGCCCGCACAUGCCCAAUGGCCACUUACCAAAUGGCAUGAUGCCUCAUCAGCAAUCUAUCUAUGACCGACCACCUCCGCCUCUCUCCGAUUCGUCGCUUCCCCCACCACCCCCUCCAGUCUCGUCGAGAGGUAUGAGCACUGCAACCGCCGCGAACUUGAUGCCUAGUUACGCACCAAACCCAAGUCCACGUGUUGCCCAAGCUAGACUUGUCGCAGAGCAACAGGCACUUGCACAGAGGGCUCUGCAAACACCUUCUCUGCUUGACCCUCGCCUCUCAGGUCCUCCCAUCUCCCUACCUCCUGUUCAAAUCCCCGAACCCCAAAGAACAUCCACACCACCUCAAGCUACCUCUCAGCCACAGUCUACAUCACAACCAAGCACGCCCCCUGGGGAUCGACCAGCUUCUCCAAAGGACACUCCAAAAGCCAAUGGAACUUCUCAAGCUCAAAGCAUCCCAAGCAUCUCACACUUGGUACAUGCUACAGACUCUGUCUCAGUCAUUUCAGACAACAAGAGCAACAGCAGCCGCACAGGUAGCAAGAGCCCCAAGGCCACUAAUGGUGACAACCAAAGGCCAACAGACAUCCCUCACGAGAAGUUGAACAUCGUUGGUGAGGACCAGAGAGCUAUCCGGGUUUUGGACAAGAAGUUCAUGAUCUAAUUUUGCGAACUUGCGCGAAUGGACGAUGAUCACCAUCACGUCCUCAAUUUUCAAUUGUACAAAUACGACUCUUCAUACAGCGAGCGCACUUGGUGGCAGGCAGAUUUGUUUUCCAAAUCAUGACAGAACAUCUUUGCAGCGGCAUUGCAGCCUCCAUGCAUACAACAUACAUUCGUUCUUCAUCAUGGCGUGCGCGCGUGCGUGCGUGCGUUUGCUUUUCAUAGCACAGAUACAUGAUACACCACUCCAGCACAGCACGCGUAGCGCAGCAUAUACAGCAUGGAUCGAUUGAACUCGGGAUUCGGGAUUGGGGAUCUAAUGAAUUUUUUUAUACACAUUUCAUUGCAUUGCGAUUGGCGUUUCUAGGAACCGGAACAGGGCAGGGAGGCAAGGGGAUCUGACGUUUUUUAUAUGCCUAUAUAACUAUAUGGCGGUGGUUUAUGUUUGCUGUUCUUCUAUUUACGGGCUGGGAGCGAAGUGAGAGGGACGGGGACGAGAGAAAAAAAGUAUAUUUGCCUGCGUGGAGUUGGGGUGGGGUGGCUUUUGGGAUUGGGAUUGGACUCGGGUUUUGGAGGGAAUGAGGAGACCAACAUCCUAGCUAGAUCGAUGAAUUUUGCUGAGAGAAUUAAUCGAGAGAAAUGACAAGAUGAGAACACAC